AUGAGGUUGCUCACCAAGUGUGACUGGAUGAAUAGUCCCACCAAGACUGAGAUCAUGAUCCCCAAAGACAUUAGCCAACCCGUUAUCUCUGGCGGCCCUAUGGAAGAACUCGCAGACGAUAUCGAGGACAUUGCUUUAGAGAUCAAAGAUACUCAACCAGAUCUAGCGCUUCGGGUCAAAGCAACCUCUGAAAGACUCUCUUAUACAAUCGAUUCAUCAGAGAUAAGGAUCACUGAUUCUUGGAUGAGCAGCGUGAAAACGCUCGCCACGAACACUGACUCAACAGUACCAGCGUGGAUGACCAAGGGAGUAACUCGCCAAUUACCUAUGCAGGAUUUUCUUGAUCUUGCCAAACGCUCAGGCGGCGGACGCCUUCUCGCGCAUAUCGAAGCUACCAAGCAAAGCUUCAGAGAAACUCACCAUGCGACAUACCCCAACAGGCCUUUCGAAAAAGCCCAGACACACCAAAGCAGAGCUUGA